GAUGAAAAUGACGACAUGGUCCAUGAUUCCAACGUUUGAGCGAGGUAUAAAUAAGUCGUCUCAACCCUCGAUAUGAAUUGAUCUUCCCGUGCAUCUAUUCAUUCUUAACCUUCUCUCUUCUAUGCUUUUCAUCUCCUUGAUCCAUAAUGGCGAGUAACGACAAUCAGCUCACGUGGCUUAUAACAGGGUCCUCCGCAGGCCUUGGAAAGAUUCUUGCGGCACGCGCACUCGAGGCAGGGCAUAAGGUCAUUGGUACCUGCAGGAGUCGGAAAAAAUCACGCGCAGCCCUCGAGCCCUUAAUGGGAAAAGGCUUGGAAGUUAUUGAGCUGGACACCUCAGCUCAACAAGUGGAAAUAGAAGCGAAUGUGAAAAAGGCUCUGUCAAUUUAUGGCAAGAUCGAUAUACUGGUGAACAAUGCCGGGUAUGCCGCACUUGGGCCGCUUGAACGAUUCACGGACGAAGAAGUCUUGAAGCAGUUGAGAACCAACACUCUCGGCCCACUUCAUGUUGCCCAAGCUGUCCUCCCCAAUAUGCGGUCAAGAAAGUCAGGGAUGAUCGUGAAUGUGAGCAGUUACGUCGGCAUGCGCGGCGACGCAGCAAAUGGCGUGUAUGCUAUUAGCAAAUUCGGACUCGAAGCCUGGUCUGAGUCUCUCUCAAAGGAGGUUGCCGAGUUUGGUAUUUCGGUUCUUGUGGCGGAAUUCGGGGCUUUCAGAACUGGUUUCUUGAAUACCAACGCAUUCGUUCGAGCUCCAAAGGAUGUGAUUUCUGGAUAUGAAGGCAGUACUGCCGAGAAAGCAUAUGCUGGAAUUCUGCAGGCAGAUGAAAAGCAACCCGGCGAUCCGGAAAAGGGCGUGGAUCAUCUGUUUCAAGUCAUUAUGGCAGGUGGGUUCCUGGGUGGAAGAAAAAUUUUCAGGCUCCCCAUCGGAGCUGAUGCAGUCGAGAUCAUUGGCGAUAAAGUGCAAAGUGUACAACGAGAUCUUCAGGUAGCAAAGGUACUGGAAGAAAGUGAUAGCACUGCUCUCUAGUUAAAUGUAGCCUACUACGGCCAUUGUCAAUCAAACCAAUUCGUGUAUUGAAUCAUUCAAAGAGAGUAGAUUUACCAAGUAAAAAUUCGAGAUUGAAAUUUCAUGUCGA